CACAUCAAUCCUCCUCACUUUAUAUCCUUUUCUCACAAACACUCUCUCUCCUUCUCCCCAUUUCCUUUUUCUUUUUUUCUGCUCUUUUCUUGUGCUUGACAGUCUUUAAAUCCCAUCCCCAAUAGUUUACUUAACUCAUUGGUUUGCUCAAUACUUCCCCCCCCACCACUUUGAAACACCCAAAGAUUCAGUCUUUGACUCUCUGGUCUUCUUCUUGUUCCAAUUCUCUGCAAAUUUUUGUGUUCUUUGGUUUCUUGAAAUACCCUUUUAUGAAGUUUGAGUGACCAAAAAAAUGGCGGCGGCUCCUCCUAAAUCUGAAGAAAUCAGUCACCCUCCCAUGGACCAACUUCAGGGUUUAGAGUACUGCAUUGAUUCCAAUCCUUCUUGGGGGGAAGCAAUGGCAAUGGGAUUUCAGCAUUAUAUAAUGGCUUUAGGAACUGCAGUGAUGAUCCCAUCACUUCUAGUUCCAAUGAUGGGUGGAGAUCCUGGUGACAUAGUGAGGGUGGUGCAAACACUUGUGUUCGUCCAAGGAAUCAACACCAUUCUACAAACGUUGUUUGGUACCAGAUUACCCACUGUUGUCGGAGGGUCGUGGGCUUUCGCAGUUCCCACCAUCUCCAUCAUCCGUGAUUCUUCUUUCACCACCAUUCUUGAUCCCCAUGAAAGAUUCCUCAACACAAUGAGAGCAACACAAGGUGCAAUAAUAGUGGCUUCCAGUUUGCAAAUCGUAUUGGGAUAUAGUCAACUUUGGGCUGUCUUUUCUAGGUUUUUCAGCCCGCUCGGAAUGGUACCAGUUGUCGCGUUGGUGGGGUUCGGGCUAUUCGACAAAGGAUUUCCCGUGGUUGGACAAUGUGUGGAAAUUGGCAUUCCUAUGUUCAUCUUGUUUGUUGUCUUCUCUCAGUACUUGAAGAACUUCCAGUUCAGAAAAGUCCCGAUAUUGGAACGGUUUGGUCUAGUGAUUUCAGUAGCGGUAAUAUGGGCUUACGCACACAUCCUGACCGCAAGUGGGGCCUACAAACACCGUCCGGAGGCAACCCAGCUUCACUGUCGCACCGACAGAGCCUACCUUAUUUCUUCUGCCCCAUGGGUUAAAAUUCCAUUUCCACUUCAGUGGGGUGCACCUACUUUUGAUGCUGGCCAUGCUUUUGGAAUGAUGGCUGCUGUGCUUGUUUCCAUGAUUGAGUCAACUGGAGCUUAUAAAGCGGCGUCACGUCUGGCAAGUGCAACACCACCUCCAGCCCAUGUUCUUAGCCGUGGUAUCGGUUGGCAGGGGAUUGGGGUUCUGUUGAGUGGACUGUUUGGGACUGUUACUGGUUCUUCAGUCUCAGUAGAAAAUGUGGGUCUUCUGGGAAGCACUCGUGUUGGUAGCCGCAGAGUCAUCCAGAUCUCGGCGGGCUUCAUGAUCUUCUUUUCAAUGCUAGGGAAAUUCGGAGCCUUGUUCGCGUCGAUACCUUUUACCAUAUUUGCAGCUGUGUACUGUGUCCUGUUUGGCCUUGUAGCUUCUGUGGGGCUGUCAUUCUUGCAAUUCACAAACAUGAACUCCAUGAGAAACCUCUUCAUCGUCGGAGUCUCCCUCUUCCUCGGCUUGUCGAUUCCGGAGUAUUUCAGGAAGUACACUUACGGCCCCGCACACACCAACGCCGGAUGGUUCAACGAUAUCCUGAACACGAUUUUCUCAUCCUCGCCGGCAGUGGCAUUGAUAGUUGCGGUGUUUCUGGACAACACGCUCGACUACAGAGACAGUGGGAGAGACAGAGGGAUGCCGUGGUGGGCAAAGUUCAGAGCUUUCAAAGGCGAUAGCAGGAACGAAGAGUUUUACACCCUCCCUUUCAAUCUGGACCGCUUCUUCCCCCCAUCUUGAUUGAAACCAUUUUCUUCAUGAUAUAGUUAGUUAGUAGAGAGCAUAAAAACAUUGAUAGAUGUUGUUUCAUCUGCAUUAAUUUAUUGUUUUGAUGGUUUCCAGCCUCUUUCCAUUUUAUGAAAUGUUCUAUAAGAAAUGGCAAAAUCAGUACAAAUAAUCUCAGACUUCUAUA